ACAAAUCUGCCCAGAUUUAUCUGUAUUCUAUGUAAUUUUAACCCCAACAGUUUGUUUAUAAGCAUAUUAUUUUAGAUAUUGAUUUAUUUUUAUACAGUACUUUUAGUUAGUUUUUAUUAAGUCAAUGUUUUAAAUAACUGAGUGAAACAAUGGCAACCACAAAAGCAUUACUUUAUUUUGUCCGACGGAGCAGUCUAUUACCUAGUGUAGUACAAAUAACUCCAAUAAAAUCUAAUUUUUAUUUACCAUUACAUGUUAGAAAAAUAAAUUAUUCUGAUCAAAAAUCUGUAACAAAAUCUGAACGGAGUGAUCUUGGUGGUCAAGUGCAAAUUGGUUUUGGCGAAGCAGUCAAGGAAAAUACAAAGUCUGCUUGGUAUAUGAGUGUAAUUAUUGCUGGGGUUGGAGUGACAGCUGUUAUAUUUUAUGCUAUUUUUCGAGAACUAUUCUCUAAAAAAAGUCCUAAUGGUGUAUACAGCACAGCUCUUGACAGAAUAAUGCAAGAUAAAAAAGUAAUUGAUGCUGUUGGUGCCCCAAUAAAAGCUUAUGGAGAAGAAACUCGAAGAGGUAGAAGAGGUCAUGUCAGCCAUCAGCUGUAUGAGAAAAAUGGAGUUUCACACAUGAGGAUGAAAUUUUAUAUCCAAGGUAUUCGUAAACAGGGCACUGUCAACUUAGAAGUACGAGAAGAUUUGAAUGGAAAUUGGGUUUAUAGAUAUUUAUUUGUGCAAUUGAAAGAUUUGGCUAAUACAGUUAUAAUUUUAGAAGAUAACAGAAAUCUUGAGAACAAUGUUUAUAAAACUCCUAAUGAACUGAGUGAAAUGGUAUCAUCUGAAUUCAAGUUGUGAUUAUGUUUUUUUUACUAUUCAUUUGUUAUUUAUUAUAGAGUAGCACUUGUGAAGUGUUAGUCCAACACUGAAUCAAUUUGAUUAAAAAUUAGUAAUUAUAUAUUUCUCAAAGAAAUGUUAUGUGAAACUAAGUCAUCUUUUUGAAUAAACUAUUAAUUAUAAAUA